AAUGUUUGACCCUUUUUUAUCCCGACGGAUUAGGCCCUUUUUCUACUUCCAAAGAUCGGUUUCAUGGUAAAGCGAGCCUUCACCUUCAAUUUUGUUUACUUAUUAUAUUUAAUUGACACCAAAAGAGUAGUCUAAUUCUUAUCUCGUCUUUCUAUGUUACUUUUGACUUUGAGGACGGUUUUUUUCAAAUUUAUAUUAUAUCACAGCCAAUGUUAAUGUUUUAAUGUUGAUCCUGCCUGGCCCUUCGCCACAUCUAGAUUAGUUCCACUUUACCCACCCUCACUCAAAAUAUGCUAACAUCGAAAUCAUUAAACACCUUACUAACUAUAUCAACUUAUAUAAAAAUCUCUCAAGUAUUAAGUGCAUCUUCUAAAAACUUCCCACAUAUUUGCUGCGAACGAACAGGUUUCAUUUCAAUAUGCCGCGAAUAUAAUCGAUAUACAAUAUACUCGGAGGAACCUCCUCCGCCAACCUCGGCAUGGUUUGGAGUUCGUUUAGGAUCAGCUGAUUUGACCAAAAAAUGCUUAGAUGAUGCUAAAAUAGAAAGUUUGGCAAUAACAAUAACCCGAAACGAUCUUUAUUUUGUUGCGGAGGGGGGUAACCAAAAUGCAGUGGGUCAUGUGGCUUUUCCACGCGCGGUCGACCAAUCAGCUGAUUUUAAUCAUGUGUUUCCCAGGUUUAGGCGGGAACUCGAGGGCGGGAAAAUCCAAGUCCAUAAAUGUAUACAGAAAUGCCCUUCUCUUUACUCGUUGCAAAAUGCCGAAAUUUACAAAUGUGUGCAAAAACCCUUUACACGAAGAAUGGAACGAAAAUAAUGAUGAUUCGAAAUGUAUACAUUUGCGAGCCUACGGACUAAGCGAAGUUUUAAAUGUGUACAAAAGACUUAAAAUCGAUCAUUGCGGAGACCAAUCACGGUAUAUCUCUCAUAGCUGCUGUUACUGUUUAAGUGUUUGCCUUAAAAAAGAGGAGUUCACAAGACACCUGAGCAGUGAUUUACAGAUUUCAUUGAAAGAAAAGGUAAGCAGGUGCUCUUAGAUUAAUGUAAUUUGAAAAUAAGUUAAUUAAAUAUUAUUUUAAUUACAAGUUUCAGAAUAAGGUAACACAAUUGUUUGCUAGAUAAUUAGUUGAAUAUCUAUAUCUUACACUUUCAAGAAAAUUCGUUUAAUAGGUUUUGAACUUUCAAGGACUUGAUAUAUUUUCAUUUAUCAAAAUGUUUCAAUACAGGCUUUUGGUAUGCUUUGUUCAAAUUGUGUAAAACUUAGAAUUAGAAAAUAUUUUUAGAUGCAGUUUAAUAACUAAAAGUAACUAAAAAAUAACCUUAUUUGCAGAUCAACAACAUUCUGAAAAAACAUGGCCUUGACCAGGCUGAUUCCCCAGAAUUAACUUCUGAUAAUGAAAUGGAAUGGGAAUCCUCUGAAAUUUCAACCCAAGGUUUUAGCCAAGAGAAUGACUCAACCACAUUGACAUUGAGCUCUCCUAGCCAGCAACUAAUCCUCUCACAAGAAACAGAUUCUCUGAUCCCAAGUGCAGAGACAAAAGAUAAUGCUUGUCAAACAGAGAGCUCCAUGAGUAAUUCUGUUUUAAUUGACAAGGUAGAAUAUGAAGAACUUAUCUUUAAAGCAUCUAGGUCAUUUAACCUACAAAAAGAAGUAACAAAAGUAAAAGAAAAAUGCUUUGCGCUUUAUGGAGAUGAGGGAAGUCCUGAAAUGGACCCAUCAAAAUUUGAAAAAAUUUGUCAAGAUGCAGAGGCUCCAAACAUUUUUCCCUACAUCUACAAUGCUUUGAGUGUAGAGAGAAUGUCAGAAAAUCGACUUAUGCUGAACAAAAUACGCACAAUGGUAAUUAUUUAUGUAAUGAUUUUUGGACAGUCACAAAAGUCAAAUUGGUUUCAGGUAGCUCUAUCAAGAACAUUGUCACAAUAUGGCAUAAGUGAAUGUGGAUUGACUGCUUUAAGAAAUCUAGGAAUAGCAGCACACCCACGGACAACAAAAAAGGCAACAGCUUCAGUGGCAUCGAAUCAUCUGCAACAAGUGCAAAGCUUUUUCCAAGAAGCAACGGAUAAAGGGCACUUCAUUGUGAUGUUCAUUGAUGACUAUCAUAAUAUUCAUACCAAGCAUCGUCCAAAUGAGAAGCAGCGGUCGGAAUCAGUUCACAUGGCCACCUUGAUGGUAAAAGUAUUUGAAAAAAUAAAGGCUGUUCCACAGGAGGGAAAUGAAUCACCACUGAGCGAGAAUCCUGCUGAUAUCAACAUUCUUCAUCAGAUGAUCAACCAAAACAUGUCAACUUUGUCAAAAUCAUAUGCUCAAGAAAUGCCUGAUUGGGUACUUGCCAAAUAUUUUGACCAAACAUCUGAAAGACAAAGAUUAUUAGUGCAUGACUAUCAACAAACAGAAAUUAGGAAAAUGAGGUCAAUGGAAAACACAAAAUUGGUGGACAGCAUAGAGAUUAAUUUAAAGUCAUUUGAAGAUCUUGUUACAGCUUUGAAUCAUAUGCUUGAGAAUGGCUUGUCCAUUUACCUUGACAAAUUCUUUGUUCCUUUUGUUGGUGACUGGCCAACUCAGUUUUAUAUGCGCCAGUUAGCCUAUUCCAAAACAAGCAUCAUCUUCAAUCGAAGCAACAUUCUUCCAUUCAUUGGGCCUCUUCAUAUCUCUUUAAAUUCAAGAGAAACUGUCUUUCUUACUUUCUUUGCCAUCUUCAAAGAGCUCUACUCUUUCCUUUUUGGUCCAAAAGCCUUUCUUGCACAGAAACCCAAGCCUUGGCUCCAGUCUUUGCUGUUAGAAGUUCUUUAUGGAGGCUGGUCACUUAUUCGAAGUGAAAUUAUAUCCAUCUUUUCACAUUGCAAAGACAUAGAAUAUCUUACCUUGAUAAACCUUCUUGAUAACUAUUGUCCUCUUGUUUUAAGCAUCUACUCUAUUGCAUUCAAAAACAACUACACAGAGCAUUACUUUCAAUCAGUUCUUCGCUGCUGGAUCAUGCUUUCUGUCUUCAAAAGAAGACACUAUGAUAAAGCAUUGUUGAUUCUCCUCACAACAUAUGAGUACUUGAAGAAAAUCAAUCAUCCUCUUUUUCAUGUCAUCUCAAAGUUUUUGGUUGCCUUUGAUGAAUAUUCAGUUGAAAAUUUUCAUUCAAUACUAAGAGGAAGGACAAAUGUUACAGACAAUGCUGCCCAGAUUUGCCUUCAAGCAAGGGAAAUUGAUGCCUGCAAACAUGAGCUCCAUGCUUUCAAAUCUUGGUUUGUGCCACCAAGGAGAUACAACUUCUGCCCAAGCAAAGUACAAAGAUUAAAGUUCAAGGCAGCUGAAUUUCUCGUAAAAAAGUUCAAAACACUUUUAACAAGCCCAUCCAAAGCAAGCAGGCUCCAAAGAACUCAAAAUCAACCGAAAAAUGUCACAAAGUGGUCACUGCCAAAUUUGUUUGGAGAAACUAUUGUCACAAACAAAGUCUUGCCUUUUGGAUUCUCAUCUCUGGAACAUCCUUCUCCCGAACGGUAACUCAGCAUUUUUGAUCAGAAUUAUAAUAUAUAGUCAGGGGUUCUAAAAAUUAUGAGGAAUUAGAUACAAUCAAAACAUCAUUCAUUUCAAUUAUAGAAUGUUGCAAUCUGUAUAUAUGUUUGUAUAUGUUUAUAUGUAUGUGAUUUAUAUAAAUCUUGUCGAACUCACGGACUUUGUAACACCUUCUUUUGUAGAAAAUGUGACAAAAAGAAUUGCUCAUUGGUGAGCCCUUUGUGGCGUAUAUUUACCUGUGGACAUUCGUUUCACUGUCAGUGCAACCUUCCAAACGUCAGUGAGUGUCCUGUUUGCAAAGAUGCACUGAAGAAUAAAAUUGAUUUGUUGGCAAAACGAGCAAACAGUGCUGUUUUCCGCCCUCAUGAUGUUGAUGAAGCCGGGGACGACGAAGUUAUUGCGGAUGACGAUGUGUCUGACUUUAAAGGAGAGCCUGAAAACCGACCUUCUGAUGAUUUUGAUGAUGUUGAGAUGGACGAUACCCAUUACACAGAUAGAGCCCUGUCAGCUUUGGUAACCGCAAUUUGUCAGUGGCCACGUGCAGCCCCGCCGCAAUCUUAAAAACUCCAGUCUUCGCCUUCCACUGAACUCACUUUCGAAAAUUUAUUCCAAACCAUGCCGAGGUUAGCGGAGGAGGUUCCCCCGAGUUUUCGCAGCAAAAUACUUGAGAGAUUUUUAUAUAAGUUGAUAUAGUUAGUAAGGUGUUUAAUGAUUUCGAUGUUAGCAUAUUUUGAGUGAGGGUGGGUAAAGUGGAACUAAUCUAGAUGUGGCGAAGGGCCAGGCAGGAUCAACAUUAAAACAUUAACAUUGGCUGUGAUAUAAUAUAAAUUUGAAAAAAACCGUCCUCAAAGUCAAAAGUAACAUAGAAAGACGAGAUAAGAAUUAGACUACUCUUUUGGUGUCAAUUAAAUAUAAUAAGUAAACAAAAUUGAAGGUGAAGGCUCGCUUUACCAUGAAACCGAUCUUUGGAAGUAGAAAAAGGGCCUAAUCCGUCGGGAUAAAAAAGGGUCAAACAUUUCGUAGCUUUUCUCGCGUCUCCGACAAUAUUUCAAAAAUGGGGACGACAAAGUUUUAGAUAUGCCUUUUUUCUAUUCAGAAUUGUAGAAAGUUCUUGAAAAAUGAAAAAUUUCGCGUUCAGCGUUAACUUUUUGUAGAUGCUGUUUUUCCCCAUUGCUUUGUAUAGGAGAAGCAAAAGUCAAUGUUGCGUUCGAUUUCUUCUAUUUUCUCCUCAGUUUUCUAUUGUCUUUUACGCGUUUUAAUUGGCUCGUGACGUAUGUAAACAAACAAUCUGAUUGGCUGAAAACAUUUUUCAUCCUUGUUAUUUAUGACCAUUUGCAGUACUUUGCAGACUUUGUGGACUUUGCAGACUUUGCAAACCAUUGUUGAAAUUUUGUCAUUUGGCAGUUAAGAGAUAAAAAGAAUUUAUUUAUAACAUAUCAUUCCAAUUAUGUGUUAUCAAUUAUGCAAGCAAUUUGAUAUUUUUUAUUACUACAUUCGUAGACACACAGACUAUUAACCAUAAAUCCACAAAGUUAGUGAAGCCCACAAAGUCUGCAAUGUUCGCAUUGUAAACCUGGCCAAAGAUGUUGUCUUUUCAUUCUUACUUUUGUCUUUUAUCUUUUGUUUUAUGAAUAUGAAUCUCAAUUAUUAUACCAUCCUGAAUUUUGAUCUUUUUUAAUAAUAAUUUUAUUUACU